AUGUCAGUGAAAUUCUUCUCCAUGUCAACUGUGGCAUUUACGACACAUAGGAGUAUCUAUCUAUCUAUCUAUCUAUCUAUCUAUCUAUCUAUCUAUCUCAAUCAGUUCAUUAUCUAUCUAUGUCUCUACAUUAUCUAUCUAUCUAUCGAACGAUCGACCGUCUCUUCAUUAUCUAUCGAUCUCAUAUCUAUCUUAAUAGUUCAUUAUCUAUCAUGUCUCUACAUUAUCUAUCUAUCUAUCUAUCUAUCGAACGAUCGACCGAUCGAUCUAUCUCAUUCUGUUAAUAUCUAUUUAUCUAUCCCAAUAUCUCAGUCUGUCCAUUAUCUAUCUAUCUAUCUAUCUAUCUAUCUAUCUAUCUAUCUAUCUGAGUCUAUUAAUAUUAAAUUCUUGAUUCUUUCUUUCUUUCUUUCUUUCUUUCUCUCUCUCUCUCUCUCUCUCUCUCUCUCUCUCUCUCUCUCUCUCUCUUUCAUCUUUUCUUUCAUUGUCUAUUUGCAUCUUUCUUUCUUUCUUUCUUUCUUUCUUUCUUUCUUUCUAUUCAUUCUAGCUUUCUCUCUUUUUAUUCUAGAUUUCUUUCUUUUCAGUUUCUGUUCAUUGCAACUAUUUCUUUCUUUCUUUUUUCUUUCUUACUUCCAUCCUUUCUUUCUUUCUUUCUUUCUUUCUUUCUUUCUAAGGACUUUUACAUUCUUUCUUUCUUUCUUUCUUUCUUUCUUUCUUUCUUUCUUUCUAUUCAUCUAUUCUAGCUUUUCUCUUUUUAUUCUAGAUUUCUUUCUUUUCAGACUUUUACAUUCUUUCUUUCUUUCUUUCUUUCUUUCUUUCUUUCUUUCUUUCUUUCUUUCUAUUCAUCCUAGCUUUCUCUCUUUUUAUUCUAGAUUUCUUUCUUUUCAGUUUCUGUUCAUUGCAACUAUUUCUUUCUUUCUUUUUUUCUUUCUUACUUCCAUCCUUUCUUUCUUUCUUUCUUUCUUUCUUUCUAAGGACUUUUACCUUCUUUCUUUCUUUCUUUCUUUCUUUCUUUCUUUCUUUCUAAGGACUUUUACAUUCUUUCUUUCUUUCUUUCUUUCGUUCUUUCUUUCUUUCUUUCUUUCUGUUUUCUUUCUUUCUUUCCCCACUUUUAGUUUCAUUACAAAGUCCUUUCUUUUCUUCUUUCUUUCUUUUUAUUCUAGCUUUCUCUAUUUUUAUUCCAAAUCUCUUUCUUUUCAGUUUCUUUUCUAUUCAUUCCAACACUUUCUUUCUUUCUUUCUUUCUUUCUUUCUUUCUUUCUUUCUUUCUUUUCAACUUUCUUUUCAUUCCACCUCUCCUUUUUUCUUUAUUUUUACCAUUCUAUCUUUCUUCUUUUUAAUUCUAGCUAACUUACUUAUUCAGAUCUUUCUUUCUUUCUUUCUUUUUCUUUCUCUUUUUCUUUCUUUCUUUCUUUAUUUCUUUCUUUCUUUCUUUCUUUCUUUCUUUCUUUCUUUUACAUUGCUCUUACUUCCCUUUUCCGAUUGUUUCUCCAUCAUCUUUCAUUCUGUCUGUCUAACGUCUUUUUCCGUCAUUUUUCUUCACUCUUUUUAUUUUCAUUUUUUCUUCUUUCAUUCAUUAUUACAUUCUUUCAUUUUUCUUCCUCACUUUCUUGAUGGAAUACGAAAUCGCACAAAAAGCUCCAUUUUCCUUUCACUUUUCUUUUCCAAUUUUUUCUUUUCUUUUUCUUUUUCUGCUUUGUUUUUUUUUUCGCGUAUCUUUUUCCCUUUGUCAUAUUCACUUACAUUUUAUUCCUACUUUCACUUUCCUUUUCCAAAUUUCACUUUUUUGUCUCUUUCAGCUUUACUUUUCUUUUCGUAUCUUUUUCUUCUCCUUUGCUCUAUUUUCCUUCAUUUUAUUUCUACUUUCACUUUUCUUUUCCUCUUUAAACUUUACUUUUUUGUAUCUUUUUUCUUUCCUUCUGCCAUAUUCGCAUUCAUUUUAUUCCUACUUUCACUUUUCUUUUUUAAUUUCUCUUUUCUAUUCUCCUUUCCUCUCCUUUUCGUUUUGUAUUGUUUUCUUUCCUUUUGCCAUAUUCGUAUUCAUUUUAUUUCUACUUUCACUUUCUUUUCCUCUUUAAACUUUACUUUUUUUAUCUUUUUCUUUCCUUUUGCCAUAUUCGCAUUCAUUUUAUUCCUACUUUCACUUUUCUUCUAA